AUGCGUCUAAUCUUCAGUACCAACCUAAUUUUUGCCUUCCUUGUAGUUUAACAUUCGUAACAAAUGCGUUGUUAAAAGUAAAAAGUAUUCGAAAAUGAGUCAAAUCACAGGAAAAGUCGUCCUUUUGGGAAGUUCAGGAGUAGGAAAGUCAAGUGUGUUUAUUCGCUGCACACACGAAUUUUUUCACCCUCGUACCACCGCCACUAUUGGCACAUUAUGCUACUUUAAAACUUUCCGAAUCGAAACGACUACAGUAAAACUUGAAAUAUGGGACACAGCCGGCAUGGAGAGAUUCCGGGGAAUUACUUACAUGUAUUACCGGCAUGCCGACGCAGCUCUGAUUUUUUUCGACAUCACUUCGAGAAAAAGUUUCCAGGAGGUUAAAUUCUGGAUCAACGAACUGCGAAAUAACUGCGAUAAUUUCAAUGCUCCUGGUAAAAAUCUCUUGUUUAUUGUGGGAAAUAAGCUCGACUUAGCGUCACAACGUGAGGUAUUCAGAGAUGAAGCUUAUCAGUACGCCAGAGAACAAGGAGCUGUGUAUUACGAGUGUUCGGCAAAGAGCGGCCUGGGUGUUCAGGAACUGUUUGAAGAUGUGGCCCAGAAUAUUUACGACAAAUUUGAACCAAACUCUGUGAAGCUCUCCGAAACUGUUGCCAUAAAUUCGGAGGAUAAUGUCCGUCAAACAACCAAAUGUUGUAACAAAUAAUAGUAGAUAUUUCGCAUCCAGACAUUUACAAAGCCGUAAAAACACGAUCUUAUUAAAAUAAAUAAUAGAGUCUAUAAUUUACCCCAACAUUAAGGACCUUAUUGAAUGUGAAAUGUGUGAAGUUUAAGUGUCUCAAAUCACAAACACGUGCUAAACUAUUUACUGGCCACAAAGUGAAUAUCCAGAUGCAACACAUUUAAAAAAUAAAGGCGUAAAGUUUGA